CUGUGUAGGUCUGGCCCGAUCACAAACCCAGCAAAAAAAGUAAAAACGACGUAAUCGUGCGUGGGAUUGUGGGAAGAAACGGUGAAGACAAGUUGACCCUGUAGCGAUCUUGAAUCUCCGACGCGACCGGAAAAUCGGAUCUUCCAUAGUACUCGGAUUUUCUGGCUGUAGUAUAGCAGGUUCGUCGUUAUUUUUCAAUUCCGGAUUCAAACGACCUUUGCUUUGAGUUUACUCGUCAACGCUUCACACAGACAUUUUCUAUGAGAUGGCGGAGGGUGGUAUGAAUUCGAAGUAUGUUAAGCUGACAAAGGAUCAAGUUGCGCCGUUGGAGGACAUUCGUCCAGGAGAGCUCAAUCAGCCCAUCGAGGUUCCUCAGUUGGCUCUUCGGAAGUGCAAUGAAUGUGGCCAGGCUUUACCCGAAAACUUUGAGCCGCCCUCGAACGAGCCUUGGACAACUGGAAUCUUCGGCUGCACUGAAGACACUGAGAGUUGCUGGACAGGAUUAUUUUGCCCCUGUGUUCUCUUUGGUCGUAAUAUUGAAAACUUGAGAGAAGACACCCCAUGGACUACGCCAUGCAUUUGCCAUGCUGUUUGUGUUGAAGGUGGCAUUGCUCUGGCUGUAGCAACAGCAGUCUUCCAUGGUAUUGACCCAAGGACUUCGUUUCUCCUUUGUGAGGGCUUGUUAUUUGCUUGGUGGAUGUGUGGCAUAUACACUGGUCUUGUGAGGCAAUCCUUACAAAGGAAAUACCAUCUCAAGAACUCACCAUGUGAUCCAUGCAUGGUGCACUGCUGCAUGCACUGGUGUGCCCUGUGCCAGGAGCACAGGGAGAUGAAGGGGCGUCUAUCAGAUAAUUUUGCCAUGCCAAUGACCGUUGUCAAUCCUCCACCUGUUCAAGAAAUGAAGUCUGCUUCCGAAGACCGGGAUUCUGCUCCAUCCACUGAACAUGGCACCACUUUGGAGAUGCAGGCUUUAUAAACCAAUACUCAAUAAUGUCAUACACAAGUAUUAUUUAUCAUAACUGAUUUUAUUUCAAACAAGGUUUUGCAGUGAUUUGUUGUACUCACGUUCCUCAGAGAUUAGCUUUAUACAAAACUUCAUAUUGUUUUUCCCUUGACA